UCCUCUUUCAAACAUCCGGUGAUGUUUAUCAUGGGAACAUCCUUCCCCCUGGAAACCGCCUCUAACACCAAUUUGGUUCCCACCCAAACAAACAAAGCUCAGUUGGCGAUUUUUCCCUCAUCAGUUGACUGGACCUUGUUCCUAAAAUUACUCUUCUAUUAGCCAGAGACGAUGUUGGCUGUUCAUUUUCUCUUUCUGUAACGUUUUGAUUGUAUUUUUUUUUAGCCAUUGCGCAACAGUGGCAGCAACAUUAUAACCUAAGCUAGCAGCAGCCCGGUUUGGUUGCUGCCUUUUUUUUACUUUAAAACAGAUUUGGCAAGCACGGAUGACAGCCCCGGAUCUGAGAGAGGUUUAUUGAGCCAAGCUGUAGCUAUCUGAGCACACUGAGCCCAGCAGCUGCUUUGUAAAUCAACCCCCGCCCCCUUCCUGUCUGCUGCGCUGUGGUCUCGUCUUGGGCUUCUUCGACUUUUCCAAACUCUGUUACUAUGAGUGCAAUGCGCGUGGAUGCCAAGGUGGUGAUGCUGGGAAAGGAAAGUGUUGGGAAGACCAGCUUGGUGGAGAGAUACGUUCAUCAUCGCUUCUUGGUUGGACCGUACCAGAACACUAUCGGUGCUGCUUUUGUUGCCAAACCCAUCCAGGUGGGAGACAAAGUGAUCACCCUGGGAAUAUGGGACACAGCUGGAUCAGAGCGCUACGAGGCUAUGAGCAGAAUCUACUACAGAGGAGCCCGGGCAGCCAUAGUCUGCUACGAUCUGACUGACAGCAGCAGCUUCCAGAGAGCUCGGUUCUGGGUGAAAGAGCUGCAGAACUGUGAGGAGCACUGUAAGAUCUACCUGUGCGGCACUAAGAACGACAUGAUUGAAGCAGAUCGGAGCCUGCGCCAGAUCGACUACCACGAUGCUCAGGACUUUGCUGAAGAGAUUGGGGCGCAGCAUUUUGAAACCUCAAGUAAAUCAGGAAAUAACGUGGAUGAGUUGUUUCACAAAGUUGCUGAGGAUUACAACAACAAUGCCUUCCAGUAUAUGACAGCCGAGGACACAGGCGUCGACUUGGGCCAGAAGAAAGACUCAUAUUUCUACUCCUGUUGCCAUAACUGAUGCUGAGCAGCAGGAAGGGAGACGGUCACCUUCCCCUGGCUGGAGUAAAACCUGGAUAUGAUGGAUGGGUGUCGGAUAACUCGGUUUUGGAUCUGGUAUCCAAGUCACAGAAAGAGAUAUCGAGCAGUACUGUUUAUACCUUGUUAGAUAUGUUUAUUUCUUUUGUGCCAUAAAGAACUGAAAGCUGCGGAUUUUACUGAAGAGGAUUUACGACUACUGCAACUGUUACCGGGUGGAGAGCGAUUUAAAAAAAACCAAAAACAACAAAAAAAACCAACAUACAAACUCUUCACCCAGUCGUGUCCUGUGUUUUGUCCCCGUAUCAACUACUCAUCUUUCUUCUGUAGCUCUGAGCUGGACCAUGGAAGUAAACACAUCACUAAAGCUGCGGUGAUAAACAGUCAGAAGCUGCGCUGUAGUUAAAAGAUGACUUUGGGCGGAGGUGAAGUUAAAGCGAUGCUGACCAAGAAAUACUGGCAGAGAAAACUUGAAUGAAUCAGUUGAUUGUUGUAGCUGGGCACAGUGCUUCAGGACGGUGAAUGUUUUGUUUACAGUAGUUCAUUUUUGUUCACCUUCAACCCCGGAGCAAACGGAGCAGCUGUGACUCAUCGUAACAUCCUGAUGUGAACUCAGACUUAUUGCUGAAUUUUGUAAGAUAAUGGUUGAACAGGCCCUCACUGGCCCUGCUUGACAUACUGGUUUGGCUUGCACAUGCUCAUUGAAACCCACAUACAUGAAGGGAAACUAAGUUGGAUAUAACAUGUCAAGGAACAAAACACUCCUCCCUUCCUCUAUCUAUCUUCCCAGCCAAAUUUAAUUGAAAUUAAACCUAAUCAUACCCUUGCAAAUUUGUUGCAACACAAAUCAUACCAGUAAUCCUUUAUGAAAGCAUUUAACCUGCAGUAGAAAGGCAGGACUGUGUGUUGGUGUGCAUCCAAAAUCAGCUCCUUAUUGUUUACCACAGCGUUUGCCAUGUGACAGCAUGUACAACAUGUAUCUAGUACAUUAUCUUUUUGCACCAUAAGCUAAGAAAGCAAAGAAAGACGAUUUUAGGUGGCGGUUCCUAAAAUGUCCACAUCUACAUCAUCAAAUUGCAUGGCCCGAGUUGACUGAAAGAAAACUUUAAAGACAGUUACUUUUCUACCUUUAAACUCUAAAUUUUCUAUUUUGUAAUUUCAAAUGUUACACAUACGGAAAUACAACUGUCAAAUUUUCUUUCAGUCUUCUCUAGCAGUGAAGGCGAGCUCAGAAAGGUUUAACAAAAAACGAUUGAAGUUCCUCUUGUUGGAGGUGAGGAACUGCAGAUUUCAUCAACAGGAAAAAGCUUUUGUGGGUAAAUGUUGUAAUAUGGCACAAACUGUCAUCUUAAUGUUCUCAGACCAGUAUUUACAGCUAUAUUUAACUUAUGUAAAAUCUACUCAAGUCACUAAUUUAUUGCCUUUUAAGUUGCGCUGCCAGACUGACGUGGGGAAAUAAAUGGACACGUGUUGCUGCUUUAAUGUUUCGACACUCCGCCUGUUGAUAAUUUGAUGCACAAUAUUUUUUAUUGAAAGUUACAGAGAAAUGGGUGUAAAGUACAAAAAUGUUGUGGAAAAAUUAAAAUCUUCUUGAAAGAAUGUUUCAGACUUUAAAUAGACCUUAAAGUUUUCUAUGUAUUUAUCCACAAUUUUAUUUUAUUGUUGGCCUUGUGUAUAACAUCUAAGCUUUUUAUGCAAAAAGUGACAACAUAAUUGCAAUAUACAAUAUGUAAAAUUGUAAAAUCUGUUUAGUGUAUCAUAAAUCAUCCCAAAUAUUAGCAUUAAUGCAUCAGGCCCUACGAUACUGAAUUUGUGACACUGAAAACCUUUUUUUUUCAUAUUCAGUUUGGUAUUUAGUUAUUUUUUUAACCUAUUUGCAGAUCAUUUUGCUGGUUUUCAAAUUGUUCAUCUCCAUCAUAGAUCAUUACAUGCUAUGCAUCCCAACCCUGAAAGUAAAAAAAAAAAAAAAAAAAAAAUCUUGUGCCUCGGACCAGACUUUACCCUAAACCAAAUUAAAUCCUUUGAAAACCAGCAAAACUGUCAGUAAACGAAGCAAAUCCUAUAUAUAUCUCAUCCUGUUCAGUGUGAAAACGAGGAAAUCAACCUGUGAGCUUCUGUGUUUUACAGUUAUCCUCCUUGCUGUGAUUUUACAUAGAUUUAGUUAAUCACCUGUACUUUACAAUGCUGACCACUUUUAAAAUUUUCCAAAAUGUCCUUGUCGGUGCAUUCAGGGACGCUAGGAUAUAUUAGAAUUGACUAUCAUCAGUCAAAAAGCAGUGUUCAUACAAUUAAAAAGCAACUGUGUAUUAAAAAUGAUGAAACACUAAAUCUAGAAACUUAAAAUAUGCUUUGGAAAAUGUGGUAGAAACAUAAAAUAUCGG